AUGAUGACUGAUAAUGCCGAGGAAACAAAUGAUGAUACAAACACGGGGGGAUCUAAUUCACAUACUCAAAAUGAUGAUUCAUCAAGUGUGAAUGUGGAACAACGGAGUGAAAAUACUUUACAAAUCAUGUCAAGUGCUCAAGGUGAUCUUGAUAAUAUUUGUGGAUCUUUGGUUGGUGAAAAAGACGAGGAUAUUGAAAAACUCAUGAAGUUGUACUCAGAACAUGCUAAAAAGGUUGGAUUUAGUGUGAGAAAAUCAACUACGAGAUAUAAUAGUAAUGGAAUGUUAGUCUCUAGGGUUAUGGUUUGUUCAUGUCAAGGAUUAAGAAAAAAUGCUAGCAAUGUGAAUGAGGUUAGAAAGAAAACUGUACUUACAACAAGGACAGAUUGCAAAGCUUUUUUGAGGAUUAAACUGAGUACUAGUGAUGAAGGUUUGUAUGAGGUCAAAGAACAUGUGUUGGAGCAUAAUCAUCCACUGACUAGAGAAGAGUUAAGCUAUAUGCAUCGUUCUAAUAGAACAAUUAGCGAUGAAAAUGCUGUCAUUAUUGAAGAUAUGUUAUCAUCUGGGAUAGGAGCUACUGAUGCUUAUAGAUAUAUGGCGCAAGAAGCAGGGGGUGAGGAUAUGAUUGGCUAUACAAAGAGAGAUUGUAUAAACUAUGUGAAUAGGCUGAAAAUCUUAACAAUAGAAGGAGGUGAUGCUCAAACACUUUUGAACAUUUUAGAAGAUCAAUCUGCUGAAAAUGAUGACUUCUUUUAUAGAGUGCGAUUAGAUGAAGAUGGUAAAUUAAGUCAUGUGUUUUGGAGGGACUCCAUGAUGAAGGAUGACUUCACAAUCUUUGGAGAUGUUAUGGUGUUUGAUACUACCUAUAGAACCAACAAAUACAACCUAAUUUGUGCGCCAUUUGUUGGAUUGAAUAAUUACAAGAAGAAUGUAAUGUUUGGCUGUGCAUUUUUGUCAAAUGAAAAGAUUGAAACAUUUGUGUGGUUGUUUGAGACUUUCAAGAAGAGCAUGGGGGUCGAAGUCCUAUAUCAUUGUUUACAGAUCAGGACUUGGCAAUGA